AUGGCGUUGACAGGAGGCCCAUGGCUCAUAUAUGAUCAUUAUUUAUCUGUACAACCUUGGAACCAAGAUUUUGACCCGGAUGAGGAGAAAAUAACCAAGAUUGCAGCCUGGAUUCGUAUAUCCAAAUUACCUCUUGAUUAUUAUGAUAAAGGCAUAUUAUACGUACUGGGAUCUCAGGUGGGAAGAGUUCUGAAGGUGAAUAUGAACACGUUGCGUCGGACAAAGGGUCACUUUGCUCGUUUAUGUGUGGAGUUGGAUUUGAAUGAACCACUGCGGCCGUUGAUUCUGAUAAAUGGGAAGGAAAGAAGGAUUCAAUAUGAGAGCAUCCAUUUAGUUUGCCUGGAAUGCGGACGGUAUGGUCAUGAUGUUGACCACUGCACACAUACGGUUGAAAGGAAAUCUGGUACAGGGGGGAAGGACGGCUUACAAGGACGCUCGAAGAAUGGGUUGGAAGCGGAGACGGGAAUGGGCAAGGAUACAAGUGAACGGGGUGCACGAUGCCACCGUGAGGAAGCCGCGUCAGAGGUCGAGACCAGGGCGCUGUAUGAUGACUAG